AUGCGUUGGCUUCCAUCUCUCCUAGGAGCCAUUGCUCUUCUUCCUCUUUCUGAAGCCACUUCAUGUUGGCGUAACACCACCUGUUCCGGCCCUACAACUGCCGCCUUUCCAGGUUCGUGGGAGAAAAACAUCUUCGCUCCGGCUUCUCGAACCGUGAACCCAGAAACGCUCUUCUUGGUCACCAAGCCAGAUGUCACGCAUGAGUAUGCCCAGUAUAAGCUCCAGGGGAAUGGAUCCCUGGUGGUCUACGAUUUCGGAAGAGAAGUAGGUGGCAUUGUCACGGUGAAGUAUACCUCCACAGGUAGUGGAGCCCUGGGACUGGCAUUUACCGAGGCCAAGGACUACAUUGGUGAAUGGUCCGACUCCUCCAAUGGAGGGUUCAAAGGUCCCGAUGGCGCGUUGUAUGGGAACUUUACUGAAGCGGGCGAGCAUUCGUAUACAAUGCCUGACAAGUACCUUCGUGGUGGAUUUCGGUACCUGACGCUGUUCUUGAUCACGGACAACUCGACUGCAGUUCAGAUCAAGGACGUGAGCCUGGAAAUUGGCUUUCAGCCCACAUGGUCUAAUUUGAGAGCCUACCAAGGAUACUUCGAUUCUAGUGACGACCUGCUGAAUGCCAUCUGGUACAGCGGCGCCUACACGCUGCAGACCAACGAGGUCCCCGUCAACACCGGUCGCCAGAUUCCAGCGAUGCCUGCUGGAUGGGCUAACAACGCCACGUUGGGGCCUGGUGACACCAUCAUUGUCGACGGUGCGAAGAGAGAUCGAGCUGUGUGGCCAGGCGAUAUGGGCAUUGCGGUUCCGUCCGCCUUUGUUAGCAUUGGUAACUUGGAGAGCGUCAAAAACGCACUGCAAGCCUCGACAGGAGCGUUCGAUGAAUCAGGACCUCCCCUUAGCCAGAAGAACUCGGACACCUACCACAUGUGGUCAAUGGUUGGCACCUACAAUUACCUAUUGUAUACCAAUGAUACCAGUUUCCUCGAGACCAAUUGGGCUGGCUACCAGAAAGCCAUGGAGUAUAUCUAUGGAGCCGAGCUUGCCACCUGGGCAGGUGACACCACUGGUCUGUCGGACACCUACACCACCCGGGCGGAGAAGCUGCGGGAGGCCAUCAACGAGUACUGCUGGGACGACUCGUACGGAGCGUUCAAAGACAACGCAACCGACACGACUCUUCACCCGCAAGACGCAAAUAGCAUGGCCCUGUUGUUUGGCGUAGUCGACUCCGAGCGCGCUGCUAGCAUUUCCGAGAAACUGACCGAGAACUGGACACCCAUCGGUGCCGUGGCCCCCGAGCUACCGGAGAACAUUUCACCGUUCAUCUCGUCCUUCGAGAUUCAGGGCCACUUUACCGUGGGCCAGCCCGCUCGAGCUCUGGAGCUGAUCCGGCGAAGCUGGGGAUGGUAUUACAACAAUGAGAACGGCACCCAAAGCACAGUCAUUGAAGGAUACCUGCAGAACGGCACGUUUGGCUACCGGUCAAGCCGUGGAUACUACUACGACACGGCGUAUGUCUCCCACGCGCACGGCUGGUCUUCUGGACCCACGUCGGCCCUGACAAACUACAUCGUGGGCCUGACCGUCACCUCCCCGGUGGGGGCAACCUGGAAACUCGCGCCGCAAUUCGGAGAUCUGAAGACCGCCCAGGCUGGGUUCACGACUUCGCUGGGCCAGUUCCAGGCAUCGUGGACGAAGCAAUCGAAUGAGUACAGCCUGCAGUUCACCGUUCCGAAGGGGACGACGGGAAGCCUUGCUCUCCCCUACCUCAAUUCCAAGAAGCCAACGAUCACGAUCGACGGCAAGAAGAUCACCAAGGGCGUGAGCUAUGCCAAUAACACGGCAACGGUAGCGGUGGCCAGUGGAGGAAGCCACAAAGGCAUCGCCAUGCCCUGGCGCACAUGCAACCAGUGUAUACGCCGCCACUACCUCCUGUCCCGCGGCGGCGGACGCCCGCAAUCGCGCCUGCACCUCUCCACCACCUCCCCGGUCCGCUCGUCGUCCGGCAGCAGCAGCAGCAGUAGCAACCCCUCCAACCCGCUCCGCACCUCGCGCGUACGCAGCACCGAAAAGGAUGUCGCCAACUACCGGCGCUCGAUGAUCCUAUCAGCCAGCGGGAUCGCCGCGUGCGCAAUCGCCAUGUACGGGAUCAUCAAACUCGACCUCUUCGGCCUGGAACAAACAAAGCAGCAGCAGCAGUCCUCCUCCAUUACCGCCACCAUACCCACGGCCCAGGAGGCCCCAUCUCCGAAGAAGACGCAACUCGACGGGCCGAACGGCUUCCCCAGCAGCCCGUCGCUGAUCACGGUGCACGGGCAAGACCCCGGCGCCGAGCAAGUGGCAACGGGGACCAGCUCGGUGCCGUACUUCCCGGCGACGAUCCGCCUGCCCAAGGCGCUGGACGCCGAGAACAUCGGCUUGGCAGCGGGCGACGAGAUCGCGCUGUCGACCGCCGCUGAGAAACCCGCGGACGAGGAGGAGUACCAGCUGCUGGGGCUGGGGAUCCGGACGGUCUCGUUCCUGCGGAUCCAGGUGUACGUGGUGGGGAUGUACGUGGCCAAGUCGGACAUCACGGCGCUGCAGCGGCGGCUGGUGCAGACGGCGGUGAACCCGCCGACGCUGGCGGGGGUGAUCGAAGCCGAAACCAAGGGUGAUGGGGGGGUGAUCACGAACCCCGUGGGCGCGACGGCGGCGACCUCGCUGGUGUCGACGGAGCGCGACCGGCUGCGCCAGCUGCUUCUCGACGCCGGCAGCAGCAGUGGUGGCGGCGAACAGCAGGGCGAUCUGGUGUGGGACGCGAUCCUGCGGGAGCCGGGCCUGCGCACGGCGUUCCGCAUCGUGCCCGUCCGCAACACGGACUUCACGCACAUGCGCGACGCCUUCGUGCGCGGCGUCACCGCCCGCGCCCAGAAGUACAACCCCUGGCGCGGCGAGUUCGCGGACGAGGCGUUCGGCGCCGCCGUCAAGACGUUCAAGGCCCUGUUCGGCGGCGGGGCCAACAAGAACGUCCCCAAGGGGCAUACGGUGCUGCUCGUCCGGAAUUCCCGGGGCCAGCUGGAUGCCCUGUACCAGACGGAUGUCGCUGACAAGCCCACGCGGUAUAUGGGCCGCGUCGCCGACGAGCGCGUCAGUCGGCUCGUGUGGUUGAAUUACCUGGCCGGGAAGAAUGUGUCGAGCGAGCCCGCCCGCGAGAGUGUGGUCGAGGGCAUCAUGGCGGUGGUGGAGCGGCCGGUGGGCACGGUGGUGCAGAAGGUCUUGUAA